AUGGCACAUUGGUGGCGACGCGACGAGCUUUUAGCGCUUUUACAUGCGUGGGAACAAGCAGUUGAUAUACCACGAGACCGUGAUGAGAUUACAGAGCGUGAAAUGCACCAAUUGUGCAUGCGAUUUGAUGCGUUACGACCACGAGAUAGCGUGACUGUAUCAGUCCAAGAAGUCGAAGCUCAACGCCAGCGUUUGCUACCAACUCAACAACAAGACGAUUUACGUCGCAUGAAUGGACGACUGGGCGAGUUAGCAACUGUGACGCCGGAUGAGUUUGAUCUUUUACGUCGAAUAUGUGAAGAAGUACCUGCGCCUCCCCCAGUCGAAACAACUAUGUCUCCAAUACAGUCACAACGACAAGAUCGUCCUUUGGCUGACGAGAUGAAAGCAGCAGCCGAAGCGCUUGCAGGGUUGCCAAUGUUUCGAUCGAAUCAGACACCAGCGCCACCUCCAUUGUCCCCCCCAUUGUCAUCUAUUGAUGAAAUGAAGACAAUUAAUGAGAGAACUGACUUUAAACAAGAAGAAACGUCAGACUCUGACAAUUUGUCAGAUAGCGAGUCGGAAGAUGAGGAAACAAAAAGGAAAAGUCGUAAACGAGAAGAAGAUUUAGAUUACUCGCCUCCAAAAAUCAAGAGCAAGACGAAAGUGAAAAUGACAUCUAAGUGGUCGAAACGAGAAGAACAUCGAUUGUUAUUAGCGUGGCAUGAGAUUGUCACGGUACUAUCAAAGAAUGGAUUUGAGGGGUCGUUUGCUUCGCGAAAUGAUGGACUUCGACUAAAUGCAUUGAUUCAUCAACGGUAUAUCGAGCUAUGUGGUGACAACGAUACGCCUCGUACAAAUCAGUCGUCAGGUGCAAAGAAACACGCCAUUAUGACGGCAUUUCGAGCAUUACGCAAUGUACUACGGACGUUAGCAUCUCAAAGUGAUCGUCCCAACUGGUUUGGAAUGACACCUGAAGAACGAAUGGAAUUGCAAAAAAAGUAUGGUCAUCACAACGAACAAGCUGUUUUUAUUGAAAAAGAAUCGUAUCAACGUCUCGUACAAAUCGACAAAGCACAGCAAAUCGUUUUAACUCCAACAGCUGAUGCUCCUCGCCCUCCAACAACUUUGGAUGAGCUAUUAGGACGAAAAAAAGAACAAGUUUUCAAAAGGGAAAGUCAAAGUUAUGGAAAACUUACACCUAAUUCCGGACCACCUCGAAGUUACAUGAUUGCCGAUAAAUCAUCGGAGGAAUCUAACGAUGACGAGUCAGAAGAUGACAAUGCAUCAUUGCAAAGUCGUAGUACCGAAACAUCGAAUCGACGAGCUAAUUCUCAAGUACGACCUAAUCGUUAUAAAAGUCUAGCAACGAAAUCUACUCGUGAGGUCGAUCCUGUUGACGACAGAGAGACAAGUGUUCCAUACAAACGUCGACGUAUGAUAAAAAGUGAUCCAAAGUGGGUGACACAGUUGUUGGAAACCCAGACAAGGCGAUUUGAAGCCCUUUUGGACGAAUUUCAGGAAGAACGACGACAAGAACGUCAACAUAAUGUAGAGAUUAUUCUUGAAGCACUUAAUUUGCGCCGUGCGAUUGUUCAAAAGUCAGACCAGCCUUCUCAAUUUGUAGAAAUGUUGGUGGAGAGACAACGUCAGCAUUUGCUCAGUUUGUUUAAUCAACUGCAAGAUGAACAUUCGCGAGAACGAGAGCAAGCGCGAUCGCUGCUGCGUGAGCUCGGAAGUGCUCGGCUUGUUAGUCAAGAUCAGCACGAGAAAGAUUAG